AUGAAGUUGCUGCUUGAGCUUCUACUACUGUCCCUAUCUUCUUUCCUUUUUACCUCCCGUGGUGCUGCCAAACCAAUACCCGUGAUAUCUGCAACCGCGCGCCGAACCUCGUGGGGAACACGUCGCCUUCUUGACUCACGAGAACCUCGUGGGGAAGAUGUCGCCUUCUUGACUCACGAGAACCUCAUGGGGGACACCUUGGCCGUGUUAACGCACGAGAACCUCGAGGUACAUACGACAUCAUCCGGUGAUCGCAACCUGGAGGAGACUACUCUUGUCACAGUGACCGUAAAAACGUACCUUUGGAAUUCACAUAUACUCCCCAUCAUGAGAGUGCUAGCUGUCGUGGGGCACUUGGGUGUGGACGACUAUAUUUUGGUGACUCGCAUCCCUAGCGUCAUAUCGCUAGGGGACUUCGACACAACUUUCUGGCAGGAUCCAAGACCCGCAAUAAGCCACCUUCAUGACAAGCACGAGGAAACUGGAGCUGAUACGCGUGCCCAUGGUCGUCACGACUUUUUGAAUGCACGUAUUCUCUGCCAAUCUCCGGAGUGUACUACUUCCAUUAUGGCUGAUGACAAACCCUCACCGGGUCAACCCCUAGACCCAAACAACCAUGCCAUCGUCAUACAAAAUAACUACAUCGCCGAAGGCGUAACGAUCAACAUAAAUUCGAGCAACAGUUAUGGUUCCAAACAUGUCGCCGCCCAACCGGCGGAGUCAACAUCCUCGCAAUGUUCGUUAGCGAGACCGCUAGGUCCAGUUGACUACGGUCGCGAAAGUGUAGUAUUCAAUGGCAAUACGCUUGGCCAUCAAACAAACCGUUCUUCCAUCACCUGGACGAUCCAGAAACAGAUCCAGACGCCGAACCAAGAACGUUUAGUUGGGUCUUAUCAUAUAUCGUAG